CGGGGCGGGGCGGGGCGGCCCAGGUGGAACCCGACACAGCCGGCGCCGCUCCCAGCCACACACAGCGCGCCCGCACUCGCUAUGGAGCUGCUCCGAGCUGCCGCGCCGCUACUACUGCUGCUGGCCGCCCUCCUGUGCGACGCGCAGACCGGCCCCGGCUGCGAGUGUAAAACCAACAAGCGGGUUGUCAACUGUGUUCUGCAGGGUGAGGAAUGCAAGUGCCUCUCGUUCGGCUCCAAUGUCUCUGUGAGCUGCAAUACCUUGACCUCAAAAUGUCUACUGAUGAAGGCAGAAAUGGCAGGCAUGAAGCACGGUCGUCGUGACCGACCAAAACAUGCAUUUGUUGAUAACGAUGGCAUUUAUGAUCCUGACUGUGAAGAAAAUGGUAUAUUCAAGGCCAGGCAGUGUGAUAAUUCCUCUUGCUGGUGUGUGAAUACAGCUGGUGUAAGAAGAACUGAGAAGGGUGACAAAGACUUCAAAUGCACCGAACUAGUCAGAACACACUGGAUCAUCAUUGAAACGGAACAUGGGAGCAGAGGAGAUGUUGAUGUUUAUUCUUUAGAGAGAGCCCUCAGAGACCUGCUGAAAACACGGUACAUGUUGGAUGAAAAAUACAUAGACUAUAUUGAGUACAAAAAGCCUCUUGUCAUUAUUGAACUGAAACAGAAUGCUUCCCAAAAGUCUACUAGAGAUGUGGACAUAGCUGAUGUUGCUUAUUACUUUGAAAAAGAUGUCAAAGAUGACACACUCUUUCAUGGUGAGAAACUAAGCCUCAGCGUUAAUGCAGAACCUCUAGUGUUUGAGAAAACUCUAAUCUAUUAUGUUGAUGAAAAGCCACCAGAAUUUUCUAUGAAACAUCUGACUAAUGGUGUCAUUGCUGUCAUUGUCGUGGUGGUACUAGCAAUUGUUGCUGGAAUUAUUGUACUGAUUGUUACCAAUAGAAGAAGAGGGAAAUAUGAGAAGCAUGAGAUAAAGGAAAUGAAUGAAAUGCAUAGAGAACUAAAUGCGUAACUUUAUUACCUGAAGACAGAAGUAGAAACCUAGUAAAAGAACAACCACAACUGAAAGGAGAUUAGGGGAUUUUAAUUUUUAUACGUGUUUCAUGUUCUACUGGGGAUGUGGGAUGAUGUGACUUGGCAAUCAUGAAUAUUCUAAUGAACUGAGAUGGCAACAAUAUUGUUUCUUGUAAUACCUUGGAUACAUGUUGGUUGACCCUCUGACAUGAGGGUUAAUGUCCAUACUAUGCAAUUUUUAUAAGGGGCCAAACUGCACAAGAGCUGCUGUACCUUGCAUUUCAAACAGAUGCUAGUAAACUUGUCCCUUCCCCCUUUGUGCCCCCCCCCCCCCUUUUUAAAUAUGUUCUUGUCCUAAUUGCAGGAACACUGAAUACCUAAUGUUUAGCUCAUAUGUAUAAUUGCGUAUGGCUUUCUGUAUUUGUUUUUUUUAAGGAUAUUUGUACAUAUUAUCUCUGAAGUUUCUGUAACGUUUUUAUGACUUUGAAUUUAAUAAAAUUCUGAAAUAGA